CAAGCUCUUUAACUUCACACUAGUGUUGGUUUCAAUGGCGGUUCUUAGCUCCGUUCUUCACGUUAUCAUCAUCAUCACUACGUAAAUUUACUAUAGAGCUCGUCUCUCUUCUUCCUCUAAAAUUUCUUAGCUCUCUGUACAGAGCUGAUUCGAUUCUCGAGAAGAAGAAACACUGAGCGCGAGGGUCGACAAUAAAGUUCAGAUCUGGAAAAUAAAAAGCGAGCUCCAGAUUAAAAGAAACAGCUCGUUUUUUUUUUUUUUUGUUUAUACUAUCAAAAAUGGAAGCUUGGAGGAUUUAUCUAUGGAGUAUCUCUCUGUGUUUGAUUAUCUAUGGAGCAAACGCAGAUCCAUCAGAAGACAAACGCGCAUUGCUCGAGUUUCUUACCAUCAUGCGUCCGACACGGUCACUGAACUGGAACGCGACUUCACCUGUCUGCAACAUCUGGACCGGAGUUACUUGCAACAAAGACGGAUCUCGAAUCAUAGCUGUUCGAUUGCCAGGCGUUGGACUCAAUGGUCAGAUUCCUUCCAACACUAUAAGCAGGCUCUCUGCUCUCAGAGUUCUCAGUCUCAGAUCCAAUCGUAUCUCCGGCCAGUUUCCCGCUGAUUUCGUCGAGUUGAAAGACUUGGCCUUUCUUUAUCUUCAGGACAAUCACUUGUCUGGUCCUUUGCCUUUGGAUUUCUCUGUUUGGAACAAUCUCACUAGUGUUAAUCUCUCCAACAACCGGUUUAACGGGACGAUCCCGGGUUCGUUGUCCCGUCUCAGGCGUAUUCAGUCGUUGAAUCUUGCUAACAAUUCGCUUUAUGGUGCUCUUCCGGAUCUGAGUCUGCUCUCUACUCUGCAACACAUUGACUUGUCCAACAAUCAUUUUCUCAAUGGAGAUGAUAUUCCGGGUUGGCUUCGAAGAUUCCCGUCGUCAUCUUAUGCAGGCACCAACAUUGGCGUUGUUCCUCCAGGUGACGUCUCCAUAUUCAAGACGCCGCCAGUUGGCGAGCAGACUCUUCAGAAACCGAAAGCUCACUUCUUGGGACUAUCCGAGACGGUUUUUCUAUUGAUUGUCAUCGCUCUUUGCAUUGUUGUAGUUGCAGCUUUGGCAUUUGUGUUGGCUGUUUGUUACGUAAGAAGGAAUUUAAGACGCGGUGAUGGGAUCAUUUCGGAUACUAAGCUGCAGAAGAAAGGCGGGAUGUCCCCUGAGAAGUUCGUUUCGCGGAUGGAAGAUGUGAACAACCGGUUAUCUUUCUUUGAAGGAUGCAAUUACUCGUUUGAUCUUGAGGAUCUGUUGAGAGCUUCUGCUGAGGUUCUUGGGAAAGGCACGUUUGGUACAACGUACAAAGCUGUGCUUGAAGAUGCAACUUCUGUUGCUGUGAAACGGCUUAAGGAUGUUGCGGCUGGAAAACGCGAUUUCGAGCAGCAGAUGGAGAUCAUUGGAAGUAUUAAGCACGAAAACGUUGUGGAGCUUAAGGCUUACUAUUACUCCAAAGAUGAGAAGCUAAUGGUUUAUGACUAUUUCAGCCAAGGAAGUGUGGCUACUUUGCUUCAUGGUAACAGAGGAGAAAACCGGAUUCCUCUAGACUGGGAAACCAGAAUGAGAAUUGCGAUAGGCGCAGCUAAAGGGAUUGCCCGUAUCCACAAAGAAAACAAUGGAAAACUCGUCCAUGGGAACAUCAAAUCUUCAAAUAUAUUCUUGAAUUUAGAGCAUAGUGGCUGUGUCUCUGAUCUCGGAUUAACCGCUGUAAUGAGCCCCUUGGCUCCACCUAUAUCGAGACAAGCUGGUUACCGAGCACCAGAAGUAACUGACACAAGAAAGUCUUCUCAACUGUCGGAUGUCUACAGCUUCGGCGUCGUGCUACUGGAACUACUUACUGGAAAAUCACCCAUUCACACAACUGCAGGGGAUGAGAUUAUCCACUUGGUUAGAUGGGUACAUUCAGUAGUGAGAGAGGAAUGGACUGCAGAGGUUUUCGACAUCGAGCUUCUUAGGUAUGCAAACAUAGAGGAAGAGAUGGUUGAGAUGUUGCAGAUUGCAAUGUCAUGUGUUGUGAAAUCAGCGGACCAGAGGCCAAAGAUGUCUGAUUUGGUUAGGCUGAUCGAGAACGUUGGAAACCGACGAACCAGCAUUGAUCCAGAACCCAAACCAAAAUCCGAAAAUGAAGCCUCGGAGACUUCCACGCCGAGUGAAAUUUGAAGCUAUCAAAUUCAAACUGUUGAUUCAUCAUAUUUAUAUGUGAAGUUGUAUACUCCUCUCCUCUCUGUUUAUUUUCUUCUCUCUUCGGUUUAGAACCGGUUCAUCAAAACACAUUUCUGUUUAGAGAUUCUUCUCUUGGUUUUCAUCAAAAUUGAGUAUGAAAUAGAUUCAAAUUUCCAGUUUAUAA